CCACACAGAAGGAGUGCGCAAGCAGAAUCUACGUAGUAUCCCCGGAAUGGUGUAACGGAGUGCGCCCCUAGCAAAUUGAGAAUCGAAUUAUGAUGUGAUCGCUGUGACGAACAGUAAUAGUGAAAAAAAAAUGACUUAGUAAAAUGCCCCCCAGGAGAAAAAACAACAAACCCCGAUACUGGGGUAAACGAGCAAUCAAGUGCCGCAAUUCUGUAGAAAAUCAUGGAUGUGACCCGGAAGGACCGCAAACAGCGUCAAGAAGCUCUCCGCCUCGAAGUGGCAAGAAUACGGGACAACAUGCGAGCAGCAGAAGAGCAACAGAGGCGAGAGCGGGACGCUAAGAGGGCGGAAAUACUGGCUCCAAUACCGUACUGUGACAUUCACAGCAAUCAGCGUUCCCGGCAUCGAAGGCGUAGCCGGCAUCGUAGAGUGCAGGAGAUGCUCAAUACAACCCGGCUCGAUUUCGACGAACUGGACGAGUACUCCGACGAAGAAAAUCAGACCUCUCGAAACCAGCGGACAACGGAGAGGAGGGUCGCGGCGGGUCCAAUGGGGAUCCCAAGGAGACGCAGAACCCGGGCUAUGACAUGCAACUGCCCCGAUCAGGCCGAGACCCGCCGACAGCACGAAGAAGCUAGCCGGGCAGCGGCCGAACUCGCCACCGUUCGCUGUAUCGUUGCGAACCGAAUAGCACGGUACUACGCCUAUGCCAGUACGCUGAUGGAGUACGUUAACCAGGAAAAGGCCAUGGCCUCGAUCAACCGGCGCUACCGGGCGCGAGACUUGAACACCAUCGUAGCGUGGAAAACGGAAAUGUACAAAGCUUGGCUAGCGACAAACGCUGCUACGACAGAGCGAGACGAUCGGUCGGAUUCCGAGAAAAAAGACAAAAAAGAGAAAGAUAGCUCGAAAGAACACAAGAAGGAUUCUUCCAAAUGACGGGGAAUCAGAAUGUCUCUAGGUUCCAAUCGACAACUUGAACGACUCUUCUAGUUUACGUCACGAAAACAAUAGCACAUAAGAUUUUAACUAUACUUAACAAGUGUCAGUCGUGUCACGUAACCUAUUGUAAAGUAAGCAUAGUAACCAAACAAUUGUAUUUUUGUGUGAUUGUGCAGACCCGUUUUUUAUCAAUACACAUUUGUAUCAAACCUAAAGUCAACUGCUAGAAAAUUAAGAAAUUUUCCAUGGCCGAAACAACGGGUUUUUUUUAACAGAAAUCUCAGACGAAGUAUCUCGUUUUGAAUUCAAUCUCAACUCUAAAUUUAUUGCAGAAAAGACAAAGUAAGAUAAACAGACAUUGAAAAAUAAAUAUGAUAAUGACUUGACAGCACCGUAAAAAUUUCCAAAAUUCAAAGAGGUAGGCAAUAUGUUUGUAUGUAGUUUACCAGAGUGUGUUCGUUGUAACUUUUUUCAACGAACUUAAAUCGCUUCCAGACUUCAAUGAUGUGAAUAAAAAGCACUUGUUCUAAAGUUCGGCCAGAAGUUCUUGUGAUUAUUUGAUAAGUACUUUUAACUCAGGUUUAAAAUCUGCUGAAGUAUUAGGCGAUGUUA